AUGGGUAGACCAUCGUCCAAAUCAUCUGUUGAAAAAGAGAAAUUGAGCAACACUCGAUCAUUCAUUCAGGAAAACGUUCAGCGACGAUUCACCAAUGUGACCAGCACUGUUCGUCGACGAGCGACUAUGGUUAUGGUGGGUGAUUAUAGUCAAGAUCUUGUCAGCGAGGACGGCGAUGUUGAACGGCUCGAACAACAUAUUGGAACUGAUAAAAAGAUUUCACUCACUCGAUCAUCGAUUGUGAGUCAGUUUGCGGAUAAACUGUCACCAAAUGAGUACAAGUCGAAUGCUCAUAGGAAAACGAAUUUGUACUCUAAUAGUCAGGUGCCGCGGAAUCGUGAUUCGAUCGCUCCAGAGAAAAAUAGAAAGUUCGAUGAAGGUGCCAUCAAAGCCAUUAUUUUGGAUUCUCGUUCAUUUGGAGACUUUCGUCGCGUUGGCGUGCAGUCUUUCCUGCAAGUUGCAACGCCGGGAUACAAAGGUCCUACUGCUCGGACAGUUCAGAGGAAUUUGAAGAUUCUGUACAAUGACAAAAAGAAGGCACUGAUACAGCAGUUGAAAAAUAUUCAACACAUCUCCAUUACGACUGACACGUGGUGCAGUGGUCGGAAACGCCAUUAUUUAUACAUUACAGCUCACUUCGUUUCAUCGCACUACGAACAACGUGGAACUAUUCUGAGCUUCUGUCAAUUUCACGGAAGAAGCUUUGCUAUGCGUCUACGGCGACAUCCAAAAGUGAAGCAAACGAUAUGUGAAAUUUCCUCAUCAUCUUCGGCCGCAAACGGCGAAACCAACGACGAAGAAGACAGCUCCGACAACAAUUCUGGCGAGGAAUCCAUUGCCGAUAGAUCAUCCAAUCACGAUUCCAGUGAUGAACAGUCUAGUCAGGAAGAUAGCGAUGGUGUCCAAGAUCUCGAUAGUGCUGAUGAUUGGUCUGAUUCGGAUGACGAGGAGAUCGUGGCAUUAGGUUUGCAAGAUGUCGAUAUUCUCAUGACGAAAUGUCGCAAAUUCAUUGUUACUAUUCGGAAAUCAAGCAUCCUCAAUGACGCUUUUCGGAAGUUGGCACGUGAUGUGAUUUCAAUCGAGCUAGUUCAAGACAUGAAGAUCCACUGGAGCUCCACCUUUAAGAUGAUCCAGCGACUGCUUCUCUAUCAAAAUGUUCUUGGAACAUUUUACGACAAUCUCGAUACAAUCGACGGUGUGACGGCGGGGCAGUGCAAGAAAAUCAUUGAAUCGAAACCCACAAAGUGGUUCAACGACACCACGGAAAUUCUCUCGGACAGAUCUUACCCAGCUUUAUCGCUAGCCUAUCCCGUGAUUUACUCACUAAACAAUUAUUUAAACGAUCGUACGGGUGAUGCGACUGAGAACGCAGCGAAGGAGAUUAUGGUUGCAAGAUUCGACGAAUACAUCUUGCCAGAGCUCGAAACUAAGCAUGCUGUUCUGCGCAGCGUUUUUGCACCCACUCGUUCACGACAUGUUGUCAUCGGAACACAAACAGACGGCAGAGAAGGUUUUGUUGAAUGA